CCGCGCUGCGGCGCGCCGAACUGCAGACCAGCGUCAUGGCUGCUUCCAGACCGCCCCAGGUCCAGGAGCUGCUGGCCGAGGCCCGACGAGCCUUCCGCGAGGAGUUCGGGGCCGAGCCCGAGCUGGCCGUGUCGGCGCCGGGCCGCGUCAACCUCAUCGGGGAACACACGGACUACAACCAGGGCCUGGUGUUGCCUAUGGCAUUGGAGCUGGUGACCCUGCUAGUAGGCAGCCCCCGAACAGAUGGGCUUGUCUCUCUCCUCACCACCUCCAAAGAUGCUGAUGAGCCCCAGCGGCUGCAGUUUCCACUGCCCACAGUCCACCGGUCACUGGAGCCUGGGACUCCCCGAUGGGCCAAUUAUGUCAAGGGAGUGAUUCAGCACUACCCAGCUUCCCCCAUCCCUGGCUUCAGUGCAGUGGUGGUCAGCUCAGUGCCCCUGGGGGGUGGGCUGUCCAGCUCCGCAUCCUUGGAAGUGGCCACGUACACCUUCCUCCAGCAACUCUGCCCAGCUCCCAUGUGGCCACUUCUUGUGUUCCUCCUGGGCCCCGGCUUCCCUACUUCACCCUAUGCCACAGACUCGGGGGCAAUAGCUGCCCGGGCCCAGGUGUGUCAGCGGGCCGAGCACAGCUUUGCAGGGGUGCCCUGUGGCAUCAUGGAUCAGCUCAUCGCACUGCUGGGGCAGAAGGGCCACGCGCUGCUCAUUGACUGCAGGUCCCUGGAGACAAGCCUGGUGCCACUGUCGGACCCCAAGCUGGCUGUGCUCAUCACUAAUUCCAACGUCCGCCACUCCCUGGGUUCCAGCGAGUACCCCUUGAGACGACACCAGUGUGAAGAAGUGGCCAGGGCACUGGGCAAGGAGAGCCUUCGGGAGGUGCGGCUGGAGGAGCUGGAGGCUGGCAGAGAGCUGGUGAGCAAGGAGGGCUUCCGCCGGGCACGGCAUGUGGUGGGUGAGAUCCGGCGCACAGCCCAGGCAGCAGCUGCCUUGAGCCGUGGGGACUACAGAGCCUUUGGCCGCCUCAUGGUGGAGAGUCACUACUCACUCAGGGAUGACUAUGAGGUGAGCUGCUCUGAGCUGGACCAACUGGUUGAGGCUGCACUGUCUGUGCCUGGGGUUUAUGGCAGUCGCAUGACAGGUGGUGGCUUUGGUGGCUGCACAGUGACACUGCUGGAGGCCUCUGCUGCUUCCCGCACCAUGCAGCACAUACAGGAGCAGUACAGUGGUACUGCCACCUUCUACCUCUCCCAGGCUGCUGAUGGAGCCAAGGUGUUGUGCCUGUGAGGCACCUCUGGACAGCAUAUGCAAGCAUUGGCCGAGGUGGCAGGUCAUGCAGCUCUGUGUCUGGCCCCACCUUCCUCAUUUGGGUGCUUAAUAAACAUGCCUCUGACUGUG